CGGCAGUGACGCCUGAUCGUUACAAAUAAAUGUUAGAGCAGGAAGAGCUCAAGGAUGGGGAUAGAUCUGAUUAUGACUCGAGUGGGAGACUGUAAGAAAGGGGAUCGGAUGUUAUCAGGCAGCCUGUGUGUUUAACGUCUUGAGAUCAAAACGUGACGGCUAGUUGAUGUGAGAAAAGAAGGAACCUUGGAGUUUGUAGAGCAGGUUUAAUGCUUUAGAAAGGAUGGAGCAUACCUGGAUAGCGGUCAGGACCAUGAGGUAUAGCUUACCAGUUUUUGUUUUCCCCUGUAUGAUUGUUUAUCUCCACGGCCAGACAAUAAUAUGUUAUUCUGCGUAGAUACAUAGGUAACAUCUAUGCUUUAUUUUACAUCUAGAGCACAGUAAUCUGUCAGCAUGUUCUGUGGAGCACAAACAAUUGUUUGAAUUCAAUCUCUGAUUUUAUUUUAUUUUUAGAGAUAUUUUCUGAUGGGUGCGGGUAUUGGAGUCGCUGCCAAGGUAGGAGUAGUUGCUGGCGGAGUAGCUGCUCUCCUCUUCAAUGCAGGACCGAAGAGACAAAGGAGAUGGCAACAUUCAUUUGAAGGAGAUGGCCAACGAUCAUUAGAAUCCAGCUCGGAUCGAGAUGUGAGACCUGGUCCUCGAAACAAGAAGAAGGAACUCAAAGAAAGCAAGUUUAUGGAAUCAAAUGAACGCAGAGAAGUUUCACAGAUGGAAAUGUUUGAGGAGCAGAGUUUGAAGAUUCCACCUUCUUCAAGCAACUCAAAUGUACAAAUGCGUGAGGAUCAGAGCUUGAAGAUCCCGCCUUCGACAAACAAACAAAACUUGCAAGAUUUUUCACGAAACAAGAAUCCUGUUGCAGAGAAGUCCCUUAAUCUCGGCUAUGAAGAAAACACCAGAUUUCAAGCACCACCCGUGGGCAUGAGCAAGCGGGAAUCUACCCUGGAUUUUGAAAAAUCCAUGAAAGAAAAGGAGAAAUUUGCACGAAUUCUUGAUGAAGCUGUUGAAAUGCUCGAUCGUGAACUGUCAGCUUUACAACAUCAUAAGGAGGUGAAUGAUGUACAUCACAAAGUUGAAGUCUUGAAAGACAUGACCCAGAGGCUGGAUCCAGGAAUCAAAGAAUCAGACCAAAGGGCAAAAGAACUUGAUGCAGUCAUUUCAAGACUUGACAGGAGGAACCGAUAGAGUUUUCAACCUUCCUUCAAUCCAAAAACAUUCAAUUAAUAAUCUGAAAUCUGUACAUAUAAGUAGAUGUUCUACUCAUAAUUUUGGUGUACUAAUCAAUACAUUUUACAGUAUGCUCAUGUUCAGCUUAAAUCUUCAAAGUAUGAUCCUUCAACAUGAGAAUUCAGGCCAACACUGAAUUAAUGAGGAGCCUGGCAGUGACUUCUCAAUCCUUGUAGAGUGACGAAAACCUGGACGAAAACCUCGUCACAUACUUGGUAGGGAUGGCCUGGUGCGCCGCGCUUGCCUCAGACCCCUGCCAGUCCGGUUCAAGUUCGUACACGUGACUGAUAAUGAUAACUUUUACAGCUGGUUGGGAAUUUUAGGUCCGUACACACAGGAUUGCUUCAUUUAUUACCACGACUCUGUGAUAACUACUUUGUUGGUACUCUCCUCACAUAAUAAAAUUUUAGUGAAAGGUU